AUGGCCUCCAACACUGUCGUCCCUUUCGCGGAGCUCUUCCGAUACCUCUCUCGCAAGGGCAUGAGGUUCCAAAGUGUCUCCCCCAAGAAGGGCAUCUCUCCGGAGAGUCUUACUGUAGCUCUCCACGACCAUGGAAGGGCCAGCGAGGCUAUCCGAAGGCAGCUUCAAGACACAAACGGGGAGGAGAUUCUAUCCAUCGCGAAGAGGAUCAAAAGACUCCUCGACAUUUGCCUCGUGUCUAUGGCCUGGAUUAUGUUUGCUCUCAACUCUUUUGACCGGAGCAGUCUUGGGAAUGCGCGGGUCAUGGGCUUGCAGGAGGAUUUAAACAUGAAUUCAAAUCAGUAUGGCCUUGCCAUGAUGUUAUUUUUCAUUGCAUAUGUUAUGGCUCAGGUGCCCUCAAACUACUACCUGGCCAGAGGACGACCUUCAAUUUAUCUCCCUGGUAUGAUGGUUCUAUGGGGAUGUGUGUGCACGGCCACCGCUUUUGUGAAGACUCCAUCGCAGCUAUACGCCGCGCGAUUCUUUUUAGGUCUCCUAGAGGCACCGUUCUGCGCCGGUUGCCUCUUCCUCAUCUCGUCCUGGUACACAAGGACUGAGCUUGGAGUGCGGAGCGCGAUCAUCUUGACCGCGCCAAUGACAGCGAACGCCUUCUCGGGCCUCAUCGCCUUUGGCAUAUACGACACGAUCGACGGAGCAAGAGGCCUCGAAGGUUGGCGCUGGCUGUUCAUCGUCGGUGGCGUCAGCACGGUAUUCAUCGCCUGCGUCGCUUUCUACGUCCUUCCGGAUUUCCCGUCCAACACGCACUACCUCUCCGAGAAAGAGACCGCCGUUGCUCAGCUGCGGCUGAUCGCCGAGGGUGUCCAUGUCAAUGAAAGUGCCAGUGGUCGCUCGCGUGGCCUUGUGAUGGCUGUCAGCAGUUGGCAGGUCUGGGUUUUUGCAGGAAUGUUCUUGCUUUUGUCGAUUGGGGCAUCGGUACACAACUUCUUCCCCUCGGUCGUCAACACGCUUGGAUUUUCCCGCAAUACGACCUUGUGGAUGACAGUACCACCGUAUCUCGUCGCGGUUGUCGUCACCAUCGCCAACAGUCUCUUCGCUGACCGGCAUCAGAACGCUUCUUUCCACGUUAUCGGACCGGCGGCACUGGCAACGCUCGGUUUCUUGCUGUUCUUGCUCGACCCACCGUCCACACGACGUGGCGUGUGGAUUCGCUAUGCCGCAGCCUUCCUCAUGAUUGUGGGCGGCCAUUCAGGCUAUCCGGUUGUUCUCUCUUGGGCACAAAAGACAGUACGCCGUCCUAGAGAGAUGCGAGCUUGUGCCAUCGCCGUCAUCAAUGCCUCUGGAAGCAUAUCACAGAUCAUCACUUCCGAACUGUAUCCAAACCGAUGGGCGCCGAGGUAUGUCCAGUCGAUGUCUUUAAAUACCUCGUGCGCUCUAGGAGCGAUUUUCCUUGCGAUCUUUAUGCGCACGGCGCUGCGUCGCCAGAACAAGAGAAUGGAGCGAGAAGAAGCGGCCUUUAACGCUGCAGCGAGGGAACUGUCGGGUAUAGACGUAUCACGGCAGGCGACAGGGCCUUCGUGGAGGUACAUCACUUGA